UGCCAGCCAGCCUGCCGUACAUUGCCCGCGUACACUCCAUACAACGACACCGCAGUUCCGUAGCUAGUAGCUCGGAAGGCCUCUGUCAUGAUUAGUAGACUGGAGGCAAUAUUUUCUUAGAUGUGCUGCUAGACUCGUUUCCUUCUCUUUAAGUUUCAGAACGCAGUAUUUUGCGCUAGUAGAGACUUUUGAGUUGUUGUGUUGGGUUUUUUAAAUGUCAGCACCUUAUUAUUUCCCCUUACGCCUUACUCGUUUCGCGUUGCUUCGUGUGUAGGCAUGGCAGCUUAGUUGUGGUUACACUUGUGCAGCUGCUGUUUAGAAAAAAACUAACUUGAAGCCUUUCUCUACUCGGUUCAUGGUUUCUGUUCUGUUCCAACGCCGAGGGAGAAGCACAACAGCACCUGAUUGGCUCGCUCGGUCGACCUGUGGUCAUCUCAUCGCUGGACAACUUGACAUAAAUCCAUUGGCUUCAUUCUCUGCCGUAACCUCCGCCUGAAUGUGGAAGCCAACAUCUUCUGGACUUGAUUGAUUUUCUUAGUGUGCGAGGCUCAGGUACAGCUGAAGUAUGAGAAUCGAACCCACUGUGUUAGUCCUCCUGACGCUACUGGUGUCUGGUCACGUGAUGUCCUUCAGCAUCGGACGCCGGACAGCGAGGAGCACCGAUUUGGCGCAAGCGUUAUCGAUACUGCAGAGGCAGCGUCGGCGUAUCGUUGGCGAUGACUUUUUUAGCUCAGAGCGAUUGCUGGAAGAUCGGCCUCCCUUUGACCUGGAGGACAUCAGCGAUUGGCUGAGCAGGGCACGUGACGAGGACGACGCAGAGGGAUUGGAUACAGUCUGGAUGUCUGAUAGAGGAAACUUCAGAGAUUUUGAUCAGCGAGAACGACUCAACUAUGACCUUUCCCCUUUGUCAUCAGAUCAAGAUAUCACAGACCAAAACGAAGACACUACUCCCUAUGAAGUUGAGCCAAGCCAAAAAGAGCUAGAGAAUAUAUUUGACACUGAUGCCGACUCAAACCCAAACCCCCAGCCUCCAGCUGUUACCCCGGAGAAGAAAAAGAAAGAAGAAAUGGUGGACGUAAGAGGAGACAAAAAGAUCGUGCAAAAAAAAUCAAUUUCUGACCCGGUCGUUGCUGACACAUCUUCACAGUCGUCCGACGACAUUUCACUGGACACUUUGACCAAAGAGGAAUUCAGAGCAUUAAUGAAAGCCGUGGAGAAACUGCAAAAACAGGCUGCUAAGCUUAGCGAAGAAACAAGUGCUGAGUCGUCCUCAACGCCAUCUAAGGUUGCCGUUAAAGAGACAAUCUUCAAAGAGGAAAGCCCAGACGGAAAUACCGUGGAAGAAGUUGCCGAGCUGGUGCCGGCUCCAGAAGACGAACUCAACUCUGUCUUCGCUGACACAAAUGCUCCGGUUGUGGAGGAGACGAAGGUCGUAGAACUGGAACAGCAGGGUGGACCCCAGGGAACCGUGACUGAGACUGUGGAAACAGAUCUUGUUCCACUUCUGACCCAGCCAGAGACUGAGGAGGAAGAGCGGGAAUUAGAAGAAGCCUUAGUAAACGGUUUAGAAAACGGAAUCGAAGAGGAUGAGGAGGAGGCAGCUGCUGUUGAAGCCGUGAGGAGAAGAUUGCAGGAGGAAGAAGAGGUGGAGGAAGAGGAAGAGGAGGAGGAGGAAGAACAGGAGAAUGCACAAUUAGGAGGAAUGGAGAGGCUUGACCCUAAACAACUUGCUGCUCUAGAAAACUACUGGUUGAUGAGUAGCUAUCUAGACAAAACAGGCACCCCCAUCAAGCGCACGGCCAAACGAGCGGCCCUCAUUUCUGAUCCGUUCUACGGCAACAAUGAUAUCGUCGAUGACGCAGCAGAAGAUGUUGUUCAAAACGACGACGAAGACAGCAGCUCUGACGUCCUUGACGAGCUGAGAGCGGGCUCGGUGCCGAGUGUGAAAGCCUUUGUGGUUCGAAUCCUCGAGCUUCAGAACGAGUUGGAUAAGCUGAGAACUGUGACGAGAUUAGAAGACCUGGAAAACGACGAGCUCACCGACGCCUUGAACGAGGCCACGCUGGCACAGAAUGAAGGCAGCGUCUCUGACUUGGAGUUUGAUGCUCUCCAGAAGGCUAUUCGGAUAGAGGAAGCUUUACAGGAAAUGUAGAAGGAU